AUGACCCGAAGACAUUUCGUUAACUAUAUUAAGCAGGGCAGUUGCCCCAAGGAUCCCAAGGGUCCCUGGUUAUGCACUCACACUUGCACCACGGAUUCUGAUUGUCUGCGAGCGCUGAAGUGCUGUCCCAACAGAUGUGGUGUACUUACCUGUCAGAUGCCGAGAUUUCAGGACGUUGAUAACAGCUUGAGUCUAAAUUAG